AAGAGAUAGCGCUGGUGCUUCGAGAGAGAAUUCGGUCCUCUUCGCUCGGACCGUGUCUUGGUGUGAGCGAGCUGAUCAGCGUGCGUUCUCUUGACUCCGUCAUGACAAAAUUGCCUCUUCUGAGGUCCAACGUGGCAACGCAUCCGACGUUUAAUAUUGCAUGUUGGGCACGUGGCGGCUUACGUGGCGGCGGAUUGAGGACCCACCACACAGACAUUCCCUCGGUCUUUUGCUACCUUAAACGAGGCUCUCCCUUUCCCAUUCAUCAUCACCCAGCAUUUGCAAAACCCAGAACAGAGAAAGCAAAGCUCAGACCGAGUGCAAGAAAAUGCAAUCCGCAGGAGAGAAGCUCAAGAACGUGGCCAGUUCUGCCAAAGAGCACAUCGACAUAGCCAAAGCCAAACUUGAAGAAAAGGUGGAGAAAGCUACGGCGAGGACGCCGGAGGAGAAAGAGAUGGCGCACCAGCGAAGGAAGGCUAAGGAGGCCGAGGCCAAGAUGGAGCUGCACCAAGCCAAAGCGGCGCACGCAGCUGAGAAGCUCGCUGCCAAGCAUCCCACCUUGCCAGGCCAUGUCCACCACGGCCGGGCUCACCACACAACAACCCAGCCGGUGGUUGGAGCCCCGGGGCACCAGACCCGACACCGGCCUGUCGGGACUGUAGAUCCAAUAAGCGGAACCACCGUCCCAACCUACCCUUUAGGAGGGCACCCGCCCCACUCGGGACACACGCACAAGUACAUGUGAACCGUAGAAACUAGAAGGGUUUUGUGUUUCAAGACUUGCUUGGCCUAGACAUUAGCACUUUUUUUUUAAGUUCCUUGUGGUUUGUUUUGGGGGUUCUUUUCGCUAAAAGUGAACUUAUUUAGAACACAAUGAG